AUGCACAUCAGGAGCAUUGUUGGGCCAAAGGAAGAAAUCUGUAGAGUUCCUAGGCAGUUCGGCGGCAGUAGCCCGUUUGUCUUAUAUUGCAAGAGCAGAAAAGAUAUGUUCCAUUCCGAAGUAGACAGAGGGCCAAAGCCAUCUUCUCGACUGCUCGGACUCUGCAUACAAUACUGGGAACCAUUUCUUCUCGGAAACCUCUCUCCACACUCCAAGUUGGUUUCUCGUCAGAUUUCACUCGACCAGCGCUUUGCUUUCCUUGCCUGGUGUCAAACACAAACUCAGACAGCAAAAUCAUUCUCCUACCUCUACACGACGUCCAUUCCUCCAGCUGUUUGCCAAUAUCACAAAAAAUUGCCUUCGCUCACCUCACUACUUUCAACAACCAUAAGCAUAUUCCUCCAGUCACCAUCGCCGUCCACUACAACGACUCGACCUCCUGCCGCUCCAAUGUUCAGCCCGGAUUCAGAUUAUGAGGUGGAGGAGGAAACUAUCCAAGCGCGGCUCCUUCCUUCCGCCGAACAAACUCUCGACCAACUGGAGGCAGCGCGCGAGCUGGCAGACCACCAGGGAGCAAACCGGGGCGUCCUCAAGUGGCUGGACGGUGUGGAAACCCAGCCAGUAGGUUAUGGCUCUCAUCAGCUGCUUCUGUGGGACGAUCAUCUUCCUCACUCCUGGGUUGCCCUGGCGCUCUUCAGUCUCCUCGUGUUUACGCUGGGCUUCGCUGCUGGCCGCUUCCUUCAGAUCCGGACAAAGACCUUACGAACUCGCCCGCUCAAAAGCGAAUGGGAUACCAACGCAUUGGCUCUGGAGACCUCCCUCAAGGAAACAGGCGGUGGAUGGAUGAGCUAG